UCUCUGUGGGAGCGACAAUGGUGGGGCGGGCAACAUGAGGAGAAGAAAACCAGUGUUAUGCACCCCCCCAUGGCCUCCCAUUUCGCUUCCUCUGCCUUCUCGCCGACGCCGAACGCCGGCAUUUGUCAGCUCCGGUCGCCGGGGAGGUCGCCGCCGCCGCCGCCUGCCGCGCUCUCCGUCCAGUGCAACCGCGGAUCUCCGUACAGCACGCUCGUCUCUGAGGCCGUUAGGCUUUUGGUCCCUCCAGCAAGAUUUGAAGCUUCAAAGUUAAAAGUUGAUUUUACGGUAGGAGAGUCUGAUAAUUAUUCUGGAAUCAUCCCAAGAACUUACAUCUUAUCUCACUGUGACUUCACCGCCAAUCUGACUUUGACCAUCUCCAAUGUCAUCAGUCUUGAUCAGUUAAGAGGAUGGUACGAAAAGGAUGAUGUGGUUGCUGAGUGGAAGUCAGUCAACAAGGAGAUGUGUCUGCACAUUCAUUGCUUUGUUAGUGGUCCAAAUCCCUUGUUAGACCUUGCUGCUGAGUUUAGAUACCACAUUUUCUCCAAGGAGAUGCCUCUGGUACUCGAAGCCGUGUUGCAUGGGGAUGCAUUACUUUUCAGAGAUCAUCCAGAGCUAAUGGAUUCUCCAGUAUGGGUUUACUUCCAUUCGAGUUCUCAAAAGUACAACCGCAUUGAAUGCUGGGGGCCUCUCAAGGAUGCUGCACGGAGAGAACAAAUUCAAGGAUUUUUGACGGGAAGCAAUGAUGAUUCCCCUGUGCCUAGAAAGUGGAGAGGCCCUAAAUCAAUCUUCCAAGCUCUCUUUGCCUUCCUUCUGUAAAUGUGCAGGCAGCACAGUGCCAAUGGCCCCCUCUAAGAGCCCGACUCAAUUUUCACACAUCGAGCAGAGGAUGACUCAGCUGAUUGGUAACAUUGCGGAGAAACUUCAUUGAAGAUAUAAAGGUCAGACGGCAUUUGACAAUGAUUAUUUGAUCCUGAUUCAUUUUCAGUUAACUCGUUCAAUUUGCUGGAAAUGUUGAAAAUCUGGUGCAAUUGUCACCCAUUUAUUUCAUUUUCUUAGGCCAGCAGUUGAAUGUAUUUCUUGCUUAAAGAAUGUACAAAAAAGAAUGACUAGAUUCCCAAUCUGCCCCUCAAAUCAUGAAUGCAGAGUUUCAAAUUUGUGGU